UCAAUUCAAACAGUAAGCUCAGAAGUUUACCUGACAGCGACAAUACAGGAGGACUGUAGCAGACGUUCAGAAGUUGCUGCGAAAUUUCCAGAAAUGGUUAGAUAAUCUACUUGAUCCAUAUACUGGAGUUUAUGGAAUACUGCCAUGAGAUUUAUCAUGAAAAGUGAAUCUUAAUCAAUCUGUUCUUGAAUGAAAUCGUAAUAUUUCUGUUAAAAAAGAUAUUUUGAGCGAUCUUCAAUAUGUGACAAGCAUUUGACGUUUUUUCUUGAUAUGUCCUUUUAGGCUUGUCAAAUUGCCUUCAGGUUUGGCUGCUCAUCCGCCAACACUGUGAACACCAGGUAAAGUACAGUUUGUUGUUCUACACUGAAACUACAAAUGCAAACUCAAAUUUGCCUUCUAGUAGGGGAGAGGAGCUUUUUCUCAGUGUGUUGUAUUUUAGCGGUAAAACUGAUUUUUCUUCUCGAGCACAUCUUAUUUAAUACAAGAUAAUUUACAUUUAAUGUACAGUAAUAUAUUGGCACAGAAUGAUAUAAAUUAAUUUUAUUUACCUUAAUUUAUUACAUUGGUUAAAUCUCAAUAUGUUUUAACUCUUAAAAGUCACCAAAGUACAAAUAUGUGUGAUAAUACUCUUUGCUCUUUUCCGCCCCCGCCCCCCCUUAUCUAGGUGUGGCAGUGUUGUUCUUUACUUCAUGAUGAGGUUCAAUCAAAGUGUAGUCGUCAGCAAUGUUUUGAUUCUCCUGUCGGACGCUUCAAGGCAAGACAAAUUCGGAGGUUUUAAAGUCAAUCCAGACUCAAUUAAACAAGUUUUAAUACCCACGGAUGGCUCGGAAAGCACAACAAAAGGUAAAUUUUACAAAGAAAUCGUUAAAUGGUUACACGUAUUCUUCCGAAGAUGGACUGUUUAUAAUUGUAUUCCGUAUCUGUUUAAUUAAACAACUUCAUCUGUGACUGAUAAAUUUCCAGGUUUUUUUUUUUUUUCGAUGUUGUUGUUUUAUUUAAGGUCCUGAAGAAUGCAACUGCCCAUCUAACAACGUCUUGUUAGCCAUAAUUGGGGUUCUUGCCUUCACAAUCCUUCUUCUAAUCAUUUACAUAAUCUGGCUACAUAAGAAAGGUAGGUAAAAGAAUCAUAAUCUGUGUUAGAGGGUUUGGCUGUAAGAUUCAUUAUUAAGCAAAAGCGAAUUUUUACCCACAUCCACAUCACUGGUCUUUUUUUUCCUUUCGUUCUUUUUCAGGCGCUGUAAGGAAACAGAGGUAAGAAUUUACUGCCAGUAGGAUUGUGUCGACGAAAUGUACCAGAUAUGGUUUCAUCUUAACAAAAAAUUCCAAUCAAAACUGAUGAAAUUCUAAGCGUUUUAUAAUUAUUUCUAUGCUUUCUCAAUUGUAGGACUUAUGAAGAUGAAAGAGGUGUUUGCUACGUAAGUUAAAGCUAAGACAUUGAGGUCAUGUUUGUGUGCCCAGAUAUUAUGUAAUCUCACUUUACCUCUACUUUCUAUAAGAAAAUAAACGCUUGCAGCAAAUAAAAAGGAAAAAAUAUGUAGUUCUACAUAAAAAAAGCAUAUUGCAUCAGUGGCAGAUACAAUGAAAUAGAGGAGGAAGUUAGGCUCGAUAAGGUCUUUGUCCUGUGAUCAUGUCCUAAGCUGCUCCAUGGAUUUUCUUUCGGUUGUCCCUGGUUCAACUGCCUGGCUUCACUUCAAUGAUCGCGAACUGUUCUGCACCCGGUUGAUAUUUGCUUUCUAAACAAUUGAUUUCGCGCAUUUUUGGCCGUCUUAUUUUCUUGAUGCUUUAUUUUCUAAAGGUGGGUUUAGGAGCUGAGUACAGCAGGAUUUUGUUCCUGCGUUUAUUUGUCAAAAAUUGCACUACCAAUCGACAAUCUUCAUGUUGCAGUUUGUGGCUUCGGCGAAUAUGUUAUGAGCCUCGAUCACUCCACUGAACAUGAUAGUUUCAAAAGCAGAGAACAAAAUGUUAGUGAUAACAAAGUGUUAGUAAUAAAUAAUGUUAGUAAUAAUAAGAACAAGAGAUUAUAAACUAUUUUUCAUCUCUUGUCAUGGAAGAAUAUAAACGCUUGUCUGAGAAAAAUGGGUGAACUGAUUUUUAUAACCAACGAUGUGUUGGUUUAAUAGAAUGGAACAGGAUUAGAAGAUAUCGAACCAAGUCAGCCCGAUUCAAGAAAACUCACUCAGCCUCCUUCGGAAUACAUGGAUCUCAUAGAAGUCAACAAAGAUAAUAGAAAAGCACAAAGAACAGCUCCAGGUGCUGAUUACGCGCCUCUUCAUCCGUUAACACGCUGCUGGGAAGUUCCAAGACAUCACGUGACCAUAGAAAAAAUAAUUGGUAAAGGCGCUUUUGGUCAGGUUGCCAAGGGAACAGCAGUAGGACUUCCAGGGAGUCCUGAGACGACCACAGUGGCUAUUAAGAUGCUUAAAAGUGAGCUUUUGUACUGUAAAUUGAAUGACAGUCUUGGCCUACAGACAUUCAAGAAUUGUUACUGGGUUAAUGUAAUUUUUUAGCUAUUUGCUUUUUCAUAACUUAUGUUGGUAUUUCGACAUCAUUCCCGUUAACCAAAUUUUACUCCUUGUUUUUAACGCUCCAGCAAACGCUGUUGAAUCGGACAGGAGAGAUUUGAUGAAAGAACUUGACACAAUGAAACAGCUGAAACCACAUCCUUACGUCAUUAAACUUCUGGGAUGUGUUACAAAAUCUGGUAUGUUUUGGUUAUGCGGGUCUCAUUUUCUUGUACACAUUUUGCAUCUGAUUUACUCUGUAACGCUUUCUUUCGUCGAUAAUUUGCUUCAAUGGAAGAGUCACUGCUUCACAAUUGAGCACAACAAACAACCAUCGCAUAAGGUAAUUUUAUCUUGUUUUAGCCAAUAUAGACGUUCCUGGAUUUAGUGACAGACUAAGACCGAAUAUUUGCCACUGGGCAGAUCAUUCUGUUAUGCAGGAACGCUUUUUGUGAGGGAAUAAUUGGUCUGUACCUUCUUAUGAGAUCGUUACAUAGGUUUUCUUGUUUUCGUGCGAUUUCUUCAAGUGUUGACCAUAACUGGGGUAUUUGUUUUUUUUAUUUUAAUUAUUGCUAAUUUUUUUUUUAAGGGAGAGUAAUAUAUCAACUAAAUUGUUUAAUUUCUUCAGAACAGCUGUUGGUUUUGAUUGAAUAUGUGCCUUUUGGGGAUCUGCUGGGUUACCUGAGAAAGAGCCGUGGAUUAAAAGACACUUACUACAAAGACCCGGAUAUCAAACCACAAACAAAUCUGACGUCGCAGCAGCUGAUGAGGUUUUCUUGGCAAAUUGCUGAUGGAAUGAGUUACUUGUCCGCAAAAUCUGUAAGUUAAUUAAAAACACAAAAUACAAACAAUUCUAAAACCUUGUAAGAUCUAUCGUCAUGUUAAGCACUGUCUUGCAUAGAAUAUUAUGUCUUCACAAGAUCAUGCGUGGGAGUUACAAAUGUAUUCCAACCGUCUUGAUGAGUCUAUUUCUUUAGGGCCAGGAACCCUCCCAAAUUUGACGUCAUCAUAUAAGUUUUAUUUCAAUGUGAGAAUGGCGAUAUUUGUGCAUCUUUGCAAGUGCACCCCAUCGAAAUAAAAUAUCUGGAUUUUUCUUGUGCAGGCAAAGGCAGAGACGUGAAUGCAUAGGAUCUUUUAAGAUAUUCAGCUUAAACUGAGUGUACAACAAAUAUCCAUUUUAGUGACAAGGAAGAAAAGGAAUUAAAACUUCAAAUUAAAAAAUUCAUCUUUUGUCGCUAAACUGCUUCAUUGAAGAAUCCUAUUUCGAUUAAAAUCUUAAGAUAAGCGUUCUUUGAAAUAACUACGUAUUGCAGACAUAAAGUAGUUUGCUUCUCUUUGGAAUAUGGAGGAGUUAUUGUAGUAGUUUUAAUUUUCUGCCAUCUGGAAGAAGAAAUAAAUACGCACACCAUAUUAUGUUGUAGAUAUUUCUAUUUUCCUAUCCGAACCACUUCAUUUCAGUUCUUUUUCUUCUGCAAUCGCUAAUUUUUGCUGUUGCAUCAAUUCUUUCCAAGAUCAUUCACCGAGACCUUGCGGCCCGUAAUGUGUUGGUUGGACAAAAGGAAACUUGUAAAGUGACAGACUUCGGAAUGGCCAGAGAUGUGCAGCAGGAAAAUAUUUAUGAACGAAAGACUAAGGUAAUCAAGAAAGAGGGAAGGUGAGGGCGGUAUCACAUUUCGUUCAGUUUAGUGAUCUUUCACAAUUAUUGUUGUUUUAAUGCUGAUAUAUUCCUGAUUUCGAUCAUGAAUUCCUUGGGACCCUAAUGAAAAUAUUAUCCAUGCGUAUACGAGUACAACUUUAAAUAUCACUGUUUUUGACUUGUCGCUACCUAUAAUUCUCGAGCUGUUUCACAAAGUGGUAUUUAAAAUCUUUAGGGCCGUCUUCCCGUGAAGUGGACAGCUUAUGAGGCCUUAUUGUAUGGUAAAUAUACCACCAAAAGUGACGUGUACGUAUACCUGAUUAUCAACCGUAGCAAUUUAUCAACAAGUUUUAUCAGUUUUAGUCAGGACUUGAAUUCUAUGCUUUGUCAAAGAAUACAUUUAUUUUAUUUGUCGUAUAUACUGUUUAUGUCAAUAGUCACUUAAUAUAUGUUCGUUUGAUUUGUCUUUCUGCAGAUGGAGUUAUGGAGUUUUGUUGUACGAGAUUUUCACCAUAGGUAACAUCGAAAGGAAGUUUAUGAGGCUCUUAAUUAAACAAUGUAUCGUGUUCAGUUAGACAAACGUAAUAAGCUUCCCCAUGCAACCUCAAACUCCAUCAACUGACACAGGUAUGUUUUAGUGAAGGUCUUUUUUUCGUCACGUUUAUAUUUCGAUGGUCUUGUGGUUCUUCCAGGCGGUUCACCUUACCCACGAAUGGAUGGAAGAAAAAUUGCAAACUUACUGCAGGAUGGAUACAGGAUGCCUAAACCACAACACGUCGAUGAAAAAUUGUAAGUUUUCUUUGUUACCUCGUUCUCUCUCGUUGUACAAGGAAAUGCUCUUCAAAUCUCAAAAAGAUCACUUGAACAAUGCCAGGUAUCAAAUCAUGAUGAAAUGCUGGAAGAACGACCCAGACGCAAGACCAACUUUUACUGAAUUGAAAAAUCAGCUUAAGGACAUGGAAACCCUACACAAGGUCAGAAUUUUUAUCAAUAUGAAAGUUUCUUUUUACGUAGGACCGAUUGGCUCAGGCUAAGCUAAUUAGGGUUAAACUUAAAAGGCUAAAUAGCGUAGUUAUAUGUACUCAUCUCAGUAAUUUUUACGAAGUUUGGAUUGCAUCUUUUUGUUAUGUGACUGAAGCUAGCACUCCACGAAAAACAGCAAAGAAGCGAAGUAGAAUGUCUCAAUGACAAUUAACACGUUAUGGUUAUUUAAAAGAUCAUAGGAUGAUUGCAAAACUACAUUGAGACGCACAAAGGGUAGCAGACAACGACGCCAUGAAUACUUCGUUCUUGAAUUUGUUAUGGUGUGAAAACCUGACCACUUGUGAAGAUAACCACUUAAAACUUUUUUGAUGAUGCUGAUUAUUAUAUUAUUUUUCUCUGCAGAAGCUGAUCAACAUGACAAUGUACGACAAUCAGUUGUAUGCAAACGUCGAGGAUUUAACAGUGUAG